UGGCGGGCGGCGCGGUGUGGUGGACUAUAAAACCCAGCGGGGGGAGCGCAGGGCCCGAGUAGAGAAAGGGAGGCACGGGUGGGUGGUGGACGUGACGAGAGCUCCUCGUGUUGUACCCUCCACGCGACCCACACCUCCACGCACGCUACCUGCCCAGUUGGUGCGCUGCGAGUUGAACGAACUGCACAAACAACUCGCGGUCCCCGGACGCGAGACUGCAUUGUCCACCCCAGUUGCUGUUGUGAGAUAUCUCGACCAACAGCAAUUCCAUCACAUCCAUCGUGAGCAGCAGCAACCACCAUCUCCAACACCAUCAUCAUCAUCAGCUGUUGCUACCGCCGGUGAGGGCGAGGAGAGGGGGAGCAGCGCGCCGAGAUGUACAGCAUGCUGGAGGCCGAGCUCAAGCCCGUCGGGGGGGGGGCACAGCCCAAGGCGCUGUCGGGGGGUCCUGGCGGCGCCGGCGGGGUCCUCGGCGCGGGCGGCGACGGGAAGGUUCCCGACGACCGCGUCAAGAGGCCCAUGAACGCCUUCAUGGUGUGGUCGCGCGGGCAGCGGAGGAAGAUGGCCCAGGAGAACCCCAAGAUGCACAACUCGGAGAUCUCCAAGCGCCUCGGCGCCGAGUGGAAGCUCCUGACCGAGGCCGAGAAGAGGCCCUUCAUCGACGAGGCGAAGCGGCUGCGCGCGCUGCACAUGAAAGAGCACCCGGACUACAAGUACCGGCCGCGCCGCAAGACCAAGACGCUGCUCAAGAAGGAUAAGUUCUCUCUGCAGGGCGGCCUCCUGGCCUCGGGGGGGCCCCCGGGCAGCGCGGCCGCCGCGGCCGCGGCCGCCGGCCUCGGCCAGCGGCUGGAUCCCUACCCGCAGCUCAACGGCUGCUGGGCCAACGGCAGCGCCUACACGGCCGCGGGCCUCCAGCAGGAGCCGCUGGCCCACGCCUACUCGCAGCACGCCGCGCUGAGCGCCGCGCACGGCGCCGCGCAGCUGCAGGGCCUGCACCGCUACGACAUGAGCGGCCUGCAGUACCUGCCCGGCGGACAGGGCUACCUGAACGGGGCCGCGGCGGCCGGCUACAGCGUCUCGUACGCGCCGCAGCCCAGCAGAGCGCUCUCGCCGCCUCCUUCUCACGCUGCUUCGAGCUUCGGUCACCAUCAUCAGCAGCAGCACCAGCAGCAGCAACAGCAGCAGCAGCGCACUUUGUCUCCCGUCGGCGGAAUUUACGUACAGCAGCCCGGGCGCACGCUGUCUCCGGGCUCCGGCUACGCGCAACAGGUGCGGGAGAUGUCGUCUCCUGGGAUCGGAUAUCAAGCGCAGCAGCAGCAGCACUCGCACCAGCCCCAGGCGCUACCUCCACUCUCUUCGCUCACGAGCGUCGGGAAGAGCGAGGCGGCCACGCCGUCCCCGCCGGCCGUAUCCGCGCCCGGCGGAGGCGGCGGCGGCGGUGGAGGAGGAGGAGGAGGCGGGAGUGGACGCGCGGCGUGCCCGGGCGACCUGCGCGAGAUGAUCAGUAUGUACCUGCCCAUGGGCAGCAGCGAGGCUGGCGUGUCCGAGGUGGCCCAGAGCAGGCUGCACCACCACCUGAGUCAGCACUACCAGAACGCCGGCCCCAACGGAACCAUACCCCUCACGCACAUACCGUGGUGCUGAUGGGAGCCGCCUCACGCGUAUCGGACCCCCACUCGAAUGCCUUGAUGAAUCUCUAGAGACACUACUCUCUUUCACCGUGGCCUUGGCUCGCGAUCACGCGGAGGAGCGCGAGGGAGGGAGGAGGAGGAGGAGGAGGAUUACAUUUGAGCCGCCGAUAUGAGAAGAGGGCUUCUGCAGAACGCGACGGCUCGAGCCCGGGGUCUCUCCGGGCACGUCGGGGGUCGCCGCAGAACUCGGGACGACUUCACAACACGCAUCAUCCGGCCUGUGUAGCGCGUCGCACCGGUGUGUAACGGAACACUGGACGCGUCGACAACGAGACGGACUUAUGGACGGACGGACAGACGGAUGGAUACGCAGACACACGCGCACACACACGCGCACACGUGCACACACAUGCACGCACGCGCACACACGCACACACACGCGUGCGCGCACACACACGCACACACGCACGCACACACGCACGCACACAUACACAUCAGCCCGUAUGGCCUUGAGUAGACUGUUGGGGCGAGUGAAGGCCGGAACGGCACACGAGGCGAGUGGGUGGCUCACUCCACCCACGGCCGCAUUCAUCUCGACGAUAGCGAUGUUUACACAUCGCACCUCAUUUGAAGGCUGAGUUGACCUAGGGGGGGGAGGUCAUGGACCGAAAUAUUCGCCACCGCUCCCCAUCAGACUAACACUGAUAGACGGACACACAGAGACAUGCGCAGCGAGCUGGACACGGUUACUAACACACAGACAUGCGGAUACAGACAGACACACACACAAAUAGACUUGUAAUCACGGCACACGCAGAUGGACGGAUCCAGUGAUGGAAUUGCCACAGACAAACUCGCACCCCGAGCGACACGCGCGCGCACACACAGGGGCAGACGGACAGACGUGUGUAGACAGAGGGUACGUACAGAUACUACGCACGGACAGAUCCGCACGCACAGAUCCACUCGCACACAGAAGGCUCUGUAAUCAACGCGGUCGCCUUGUCGCUCCGUGUUGUCCGUGGAUGCGCGGCUUGGAGCAACCAACAACUGCAUUCGCGGCAGCAACUCGCAACCGCUCGCUCUGUGCGAGGUGGCGGCUGCCGCGGGUUAAAAAUAAAACACGCACGGUGGCGUUUUCGUUCAAAGUUUACAUCGCAGAUAUAUAUUCUAAUUAAUGCCGCAUCAUCCCGUGUCGGCUCCGUGGGUAGCUCAGACAUCCGCUAGUUACGCUUAAUUAUUACGGUUACAAAUGUUUGGUUUAACAGUGAUUCUAUAUAAUAUUAUUAUAUUUCCUCUUUUGAGAACCCUAAUUGCGACUUCUACUGAGAUGAAAAAGCUGUGAUGAUGAUGAUGGAGGCGGUGAUGGCGGUGAUGAUAUUGGUCGCUCGACUUUGGUUCGCGUCACACGUUCGACAAGAUGCGUGGAUAAUUCUUACCAUGAAUCACAAUUUCUAAUUAUUAUUAUAAUUAUCCUUGUUGUUAUCAUUUUGAAGGCAGUGGUCGGCCGUGGAAGUUUUAGUCCAGCCACGCGAUUUAAAUAGACGACCAGAUGUCUCCGAUUCGAGACGCUCCAGACAUCUUGGUGACAUUAUUAUUACUAUUACCAUUCUUAUUAUUAUUUUGUAUGAUCUUUAUUUCGUGUGUGUGUUUUUUUGCUGUGUAAUAUUUUGUAAAGGCUGUUUUGUGUGGAAAACGGAUUAAAAACGGACACGAGAGAUGGUUUACAGUGUUCAUAAUAGUGUUCUUAUACACAUUCGUUUGUGUAGUAUUUUUUUGGAAGCUGUCUCAAUUUUGUACAUAACAUCGUCUAUUUCUGCUGUAACUAAUGACCACAUCACACUGACCUCUUUGCAUCGUUGUUAUAUAUACACCGCUUUAGAGAAGAGAGAGAAGAGAUCUAGAAAUAAAACCGUUUGUAAAAGUUUGUAAUU